AUGAGCUCCUCAAUCGCUUGCUCGAUGGUCGAUGUGAUCAUGGGCGGUACAUCAGGCUACUCGUCGUACUGGUCAAUGAGUGCCGGUCCGGAGGUCGCCCACUUUCCAGUGAUGACUACGGGCGGUCCUGCAGACGAUAGUACAUGGCUGGAAAUUUCCGACUUUGAGUAUGACUACGUUACUGUCCGCCAGAACAUUGCUUCCAUGAACGUGGGGGGAGCAUAUGAAGUGUCUCUAGCCUGGUCAAUGUCAACGAAUACCUCGAGUGAUGCAGCGAGCUGUAUUCUGGCUGUUUCGGUCGAUUCCACGACCAUUCUUGAGGCCGGGGCAUCCGCCAGCGGUGUCCGCGCUGUCACUGGCUCAUGGGAGACAGCCACGGCGGCCUACACGCCAACAGCAUCGACGGGCAUUCCCUUUGUGAUCACCGUCAGUUGUUCCGAGGGGCAAUCAUCUGACAGCCCGAUUAUCGGUUUGGCGGACAUUUCGAUGAUCUCUUCGAGCUGUACCACUUCUACCUCUACAAUGGCCUCAUCGACACCCAGCACGGCGACUACGAUUAGCGAGGUGCCUUGGACGACUGCAUCUACCACUUCUAGCGCUGUUUCUACCACUACGAGUUCGUCUUCUAGUAGCGGCGGCAACUGGAUCGUCCCUGAUAGUCUCAGCACCCUGGAGUCAGGGUCCAGCUCCGAGGCCUCCACUGCUACUACCACUGCAGCCAUUUCAUCUACGAGUGACGGCGCAAACCUGAUCAGCACAGAUGCUCCCAACACUCUGGAGGCGGGUAGUACUGUAUCCCCUAGCUCUACGUCCGCCACCGCGUCCUCUACGACUUCCUCAACGGUGACUGCAUCUACUGGUACAACCGUGUCGGACGACGAUGGAACUACCACAUUGACUGCCAGCACUACCGAUGGUGACUCGCUGUCAGCGAUUGUAUCAGUUGACUCUGAUGACUCGACUAGCGCAGUCUCUGGUACCGUUUCAGUAACCGAUACCACCGCCUCAAAGCGAAAGCGAGCAGCAAGCCCUUCGUGUACUCUUUACAUCUCACAGGGCUCAGAGGUGAUCUCCACCACGAUCGUAGAUGCCGGAUCCCACGCUGCAUUUGCCGCUUGCCUUGCAGCGGAUUCGUUAGAACGCGUCGAGCUCCUCGCCAUAUGCUCUGGUUCUGGAGCAACCAUCGAGGUAUCCAACCUGACCGUCGACUCGAAUUCCUCUGCGGCAGAGGAGUGCGGGGCUUCUACUACUGCUACUUCGAGCUCAUUUGCUUCCACAUCUGCCACAUCCCCUCAUCGCUCUAUGUUUUUAAAGUCUCUUAUAUAUACACCUGCUAGCACCCAUAGCACGAGACCUAGCCUCUCUGCUUUCGCCUCUUAUUCUCAAUCUGCCGUUCGGAUUAGCACUGGAUCUGCCAUACCCUCUGGCUCUGGCUCCGGCAAAUACACCAGUUCUACUCUGUUCAGCACUCGCACUUCCACAAAUACAGCUUUUCAAUCCGCUGUCACCGAUUGCCCAGCUCGUGAGAAGACUGCCCAUGUCAAGAACGAGACAGUUGCUAUGUCUACUUCUAUCUGCUCUGCUGCCCCGGAGGCCGGGGCCACAACGACUUCCGUUCCUACUGGCAUAACAGUAAACCCCCCUUACGUUACCACUGAGACUGUCCUGACAACUCACAUCUCCACUAUUUACAAGUGCCCGGUCACCGUGACUAACUGCCCCGCGAGUGAGAAGACCACUGAGACUACCACUGAGACCCUUGUUGCUGGAACCACCGUUUAUACCGUCAGUUCUGGUAGCUCCAGCUCCAGCUCCAGCUCCAGCUCCAGCUCUAGAUUUGGAUCUGAGAAUACUAUAAAAGCUACUUUUCCCACCAUUGAUACGGUGUCUUCUUACACAACCCUCUUCACGGGAACUGUGACCGAGGCUGUUGCCAUUGACUUGACCAGCUCCGCUGGCUUCUCCGGCUCGAAGAACACGGAUUAUAUAUCUACUCUGCGCAGCUCCACUAACACAGCUAAUGCAGCUGGAUCAAUCGACACUCUCGUGAACACUUCGACCAGCUCACCCAUCUCGGCCACCACAGAGGGUAAAGAUUCCAUUUUCACGCUACCCAACACCGUCGAAUCCCUCACUACCAGUGCCGCUGGAGCUGGAUCCGCCCUUUCCACUACUGCCGGAGUUACAGUUGCUGCUGGUGCAUCAGGCGCGACAAGUAAGACCAGCUCGCCUAGCGCCACUAGGCCUACCGAAUUGCGGGUAUCAUCCCCCUCAUUACCGUCGUCGUUCACCGUGGUAGCUUCGAGUGUAGGUGGUGUGCAAGCAUCUUCGCCUUCGACUUCCUUGUCGUUAACCACGACGGCUGGCACUACCGCCACAAUUGCUCCUGUCUUGAAUGGGGCUCUCUCUACAUUUUCUCCCAGUCUAACCGGGAUCAUUGGACUAGUCAUCGCCUUUUUCAUGUAG